UCCAAGUUUCCAACGUCACUUCCGACUGCGCAACGUUUCUACCACUUGCUGCUAUUCGCUCUACACCCCGGCUGUCACCCCAGCUGAACUCCGUAAAGCCCCCUGAAGCCUGCCGCUAACUUUUCCCCAGAACCUGUGUUCUUGGUGUAGUGUACACUAUGUACAUACAGACUACGUGCGACACAUCACAUAACUAGGGUUCUGCCCCGUGUACCCGCAGUUAUCCACCUGCCUUCAUGCCGAAUGUCGGAUCAUAUCGAAACCGGGGUGUCAUUGUGCAAAGGGGCAAGAACGAGCGAGCAGUCUCGAUCGAUGCAGCACGCAAUUGUUCCCCCAGUUCGUACAGUAUGCGUACAAAGGGAGACGAGAUCACCCUCGCUUAGCAAUGGGUUUUCUCGCUUUCCAUGUCCGCAAGUUGAGUCUCUCAACAGCGGCAUCCCAUCGCCAUCAUGAAUUCCACCGGCCCUCCGCCUGACCCCGCCGCGGUUGCUGCGGCGCAAGCUGCGGCGCAAGCUGCGGCGCAGGCCGCCAUGAACCAGUUUACGAUCGAGGCGUGGACGCUCCUCGGCGUUGGAAUCCUCGUCACCACGCUCAGGACGUAUGCUCGGGUCAGGAGUAUCGGCAUCAGAGGCCUUCAAGCCGACGAUUACCUCGUCUGGCUCGGAGUGACAUUCUACGCCAUCGAGACUGGCCUUGCGUACUCUGUGGGCGCGGUGGCCCAUGGGCUUGCCAACAAUGGCAUGACUGACGAACAACGGGCUGCGCUAUCCCCAGACAGCGAAGAGUACCGACUCAGGGCCAUUGGUUCCAAGAUCCAGGUCGCUGGGUGGUCGAGCUACUUGAUGCUGCUUUGGGCACUCAAGACGUCUCUGCUGGUGUUUUACAUGCGGUUGACGUCGGGCCUGCCUCGUAGCUACCGGAUCCGCAUCUAUAUUGGCUUUGCCUUGCUCAUCGCGACCUGGAUUAUUAUCGUGAUGAACCUCUUCCUCGCAUGCCGUCCCAUCCACAAAUACUGGCAGAUCUUCCCGGAUCCUGGGAAUAUCUGCCAACCGGCCGUGUCCAACCAGGUCAUCUGGACCUACCUCUCCUGCAACGUCGUCACGGACUUUUAUUUACUGUCCAUACCCGUUCCCAUGCUCUGGCAGUCCAGCCUCAAGCCCGCCAAGAAAGUAGGCUUGAUAAUCUUGUUCAGCGGAGGGCUCUUUGUCAUCAUUUGCGCCAUCCUGCGCUGUGUACUGAUCGUCACUGAUCCCGUCAAUGGCGCCCAGCUAGCCGGCUCAUGGGCGGUGCGGGAGACCUUCGUCGCCGUGGUUACGACCAACCUGCCUCUGAUCUUCCCACUCGUCAAGACCUUCCUGGUCCCGAUCUUCGGCUCUCUCCUCACCUCCAAGCGCUCGACCCACAAGCUGGACGGCACGCCCAAGGACACGCGCACCUUCGGCGGUAGCGGCGGCCAGAGCUGGCGGGGCCGCGGCCCUCCCACAGCGAACCCCCUCACCAACGUGACCUUUAGCGAGAGCGAGGAGCGCAUGGUGGAGAACGGGAUCCACAUGCACGAUAUCAAGACGUGGAGCGAGUCGGACUCGGGGAACCCGCCGAGCAGCAAUAACAACAACAAUGGCGGCAACGACAAGAACAUCCGGAAGUGCGUCGAAAUCGCUGUGGUGCGCGAGGAGAGGACCAGGAAAUCAACAGACCGCCGGGGCACCAUGCCGGCCGACGAGGAGAGCCUGCCCGUGCAAGGCCAUUUCGCGUUUGCCAGGGGUCCGCAUAGGACGAGUUUUCACGCGGGCAAUCAGAUCUAAAAUGAAACACGUAAGACGGGGUGGAGACCACUUCCACGGACAUGAGUGGGUGUAAAAAAAGAAAAACCACGGACUUGGGGGGAACAAAAGGCCAAAAGGCGGAAGGGACAGGCAAGGUGGGAUUUUCCGCGCCGUUUAUUUUACGGCACUGUACGGAUUACACGCUUGUAUCAUUAUCGAAGGCCUGACUAGACUUGGCGCGACAAGGGAUGGUACGUUCGGAUUUGGCUCCCGCGGAGUCGUCUUGGCGCUCUAUGGUCAUUUUUGACGAAAUUUCAAUGUACUUGUACAUACCUACUGUACUUCCUUGACCCAAUCUGAUAAGUCCAGUCAA